UUAUUGGCUCUUGCCUUCUUCUUUUCAGGCACCGAAAUGGCCCCACAUGCCACUUCGACGCGGAUGCUGACCGGCGUCUGGUGGUUCUUUGCGCUCAUCAUCAUCUCCACAUACACCGCCAACUUGGCGGCCUUCCUCACGGUGGAGAACAUGAAGUCGCCCAUCGAGAGCGCAGAUGAGCUGGCAGCCCAGACGGAGAUCAAAUACGGCACUCUGAGCAGUGGGUCGAGCAAAGACUUCUUCCGAGUAGGUAGCCAAGAGGGUGGGACAGUCGCGGGGGUCGUGGUCCGAGUCCCGGUGCGGCUGUCACUUCAGACCAAAACUGGUGCACGAAGACGUGUCCAAUUCAGUUUGGCCCAUUGGCGUGGCGCCAUCGGCAUUCCGACAUACUCGAAAGCACAUUCUGUCGUCUGGCCAGUCCUCUCGAGAAUAGUCGUGGAGGAAGUUCAUGAAAUGAUGGUAGGGAUCGGGCCGAUGCGACUCCGUGAAAGCGAUUCCCAUUUUGCCCAACCUCCGAAGACGCCAAUGGCUCCAUAUGCGCCCAAAAGGUCAACGGUACCAGCCACACGAGUGCAAGCUAAAUCAGUUUGGACGGUCGUCUCGAGGAGACGCCAACACGAAACGGGCGUCCAACUUCAAGGCGCGUUCAGCCUGAUAGUUGAUCUGAUUCUGCUCCUGGAUACCGUGAGGAACCGUAACUAG